GUGUGCGCCGGUUUUGUGAUGUUAUGUUCAUAGAUUGACUGACCCGGAAGCCGCUUUUUGAUCCGGCCCUCUUCCGUCGUACCCUCGAUAUCUGACCAUUAUACAUUAAUAAACAUGUAUAAGAGUUAGAUAUUUCGACAUCAGUCUGUCGUGCGAAAGACAAUUCCAAGAGAAAAAAUUUCCCGUCACAAGAUAAUCUUUCUAUCACACACACCAUGCGUUAUACUCCCGAGAUCUCACUCGACGAAUAUGGCGUGUCACUUCAGAAUGGCUUCCUUCCUCAUUCUCGCCCGUUGAAGAUGAUGGAAAAUCCUUAUUACUGGCCAUGGGAGCAUAUUGUUAGUGAGCUACCGGACCAUAUACGAUUCCGAACAAUAAGGCAAGCUGUAGAAGCACUACCUAUCCUUUCAACGUCGAAACUACAAGGAGAGCCAGAAUGGAGGAGAGCAUAUCUUUUACUUGCCUAUCUUACACAUGCUUACAUCUGGGGUGGUGAAAAACCGAAAGAUGUUCUGCCCCCCGCUAUAUCCUCACCAUUCCUCGAAGUCUCGAGUCACUUAGAACUCCCCCCUUGUGCUACCUACGCAGCGCUUAAUCUAUGGAACUACAAAACCUCCGAUCCCAACGAAGACCUCACAGACCCUGAUCUUCUAUCAGUGACGGCUUCAUUCACCGGAACCAAAGACGAAGAGUGGUUCCUAAUGAUCUCCGUCGCAUUGGAAGCAAAAGGAGCACAGCUUAUCCCGUUGAUACUCGACACAGUCCACGCCGUCAGUAUCGAUGACGCUCAACGUGCGUGUGAUUCACUCCUCGCACUCAGCGAAGGCCUUAAGGAACUUCGCACACUACUAGAACGGAUGUAUGAAAAGAACCGCCCCUCCGUAUUCUACCACCAACUACGCCCGCUUCUAGCCGGCAGCAAAAACAUGGCCUCAGCCGGACUACCUAAUGGCGUCUUCUACGACAUCGGCGAAGGUCAAGGAAAAUGGCAUCAAUACAGCGGUGGAAGUAAUGCACAAAGCUCCUUGAUCCAAACAUUUGACAUAUUCCUGGGCGUGGAGCAUAUAGCUACCGGAGGCAUGAAGACUAAUGAUGCAGUUCAGCCAAGAGCUAAGAACGGAUUCAUGCAAGAAAUGAGAAACUACAUGCCCGGUCCUCACCGACGCUUCCUCGAGAUGCUCACCAGGGUCUCGAAUGUCCGUGCUUACGCGCUCAGUCAUAAGGCCGACUCGCCAAUCCGAGACGCUUAUAACACAGCUGUGAUGUCUCUAGGGGUCUUCAGGGACUCGCAUAUUCAAAUGGUCACGAGAUACAUCAUCAUGGCGGCGAAGAUGAAACCGCCAACCAAUGGAUCGACACAAGUCAAUUUGGCCACGUCGACGACGACCCAUAUGCGAGACAAAAACGAGAAGCUUACCGGGGGGAUCCAUGGUACGGGUGGGACAGAUCUGAUACCGUUCCUUAAGCAAACCCGGGAUACGACUAAAGCGACAGCAAGUUAUGAUUGAGCGUCUACAUACCAA